GGUUGACAGAGGGAGCUGCUGUUUUCUGAUGCUGCCCUUUCAGAUCAGUGUUUCUGCAAAAGCAGCCUGUCGGAGGAGCGAGGGGUGCGUCCCAAAGAAUAGUGCGGGAUGGCAUACCUGUCGUGGGCACUUGAGAGAGGAUAGGAGCGGUCCACGCAGGUACAUCUACUCGGUCAGUGUGUUUCCCCAUCUCUGUAGCUGAGGUGGAGGUUGUUCAGUCACUCAGCAGGAGCAUGCAUGCACAGUGCAUCCUGCCAGAGAGAAGCGUGCAAGCACUCUUUACUACUGCAAGGUAGAAAGGACUUUAGCAAUGAUGGUGCUGAACUGAUGUGGCUAACACCAGCAUGGACCAUUCCCUGCACGAAAUCACCCAGCCAUUUCUGGAGCACACCAAAUUGCAUGGCAUCAGGUACAUCUCCUGCAAGCGUCUCUCAUAUCAGCGGCGGGCGUUGUGGCUUCUGGCUCUAAUUGUCUCGUUGGGGCUCCUGUGCACCUGGUCCUCCAAUCGGAUCAGGUACCUGUUGUCCUCGCCAGUCCACACCAAACUGCACAUGAUCUGGGCUAAGAACCUCUCGUUCCCAGCUGUCACCAUUUGUAACAACAACAUGCUGGUUCUGCGAAGGAUGACCAAGUCAGACAUCUACCUGACUGGCCACUGGCUAGGGCUGCUGAACAAGAGCCACAGCAUCAAUCCCAGUGUUCUCGAAAUCCUCAAGGACAAGCGAUGGAAAUGGGUAGAAAAGUUGCUGGAUUUCUCUCACUUCUUGCCCCCACGAGCAACUGAGAGCGCCAUGUUCCAACUUCUCAAUCGCCUAGGUCACCAAAUCGAAGACAUGAUCCUUGACUGUAGGUUCCAGGGGCAGCUGUGCGGACCACAGAAUUUUACAACCGUGUUCACAAGGUACGGCAAGUGUUACACUUUCAACUCGGGACAGACUAAAGACCAGCCAAUCCUGACUACCUUGAAGGGCGGAACAGGGAACGGUCUAGAACUGAUGUUGGACAUUCAACAAGAUGAGUACCUUCCUGUCUGGGGGGAAACAGAUGAAACCUCCUUUGAAGCUGGUAUAAAGGUUCAGAUCCACGGUCAGAAUGAACCACCAUUUAUUGACCAGCUGGGUUUCGGAGUGCCACCUGGAUUUCAAACAUUUGUGUCCUGUCAAGAACAACGGCUCAUCUACUUGCCUCCUCCCUGGGGUGACUGCAAAUCCACCCCAAUGGACUCAGACUUCUUUGACACGUACAGCAUCACUGCUUGCAGAAUUGACUGUGAAACUCGGUACUUGGUUGAAAACUGUAACUGUCGGAUGGUACACAUGCCAGGGGAUGCUCCAUAUUGUACUCCGGAACAGUACAGAGAGUGUGCAGACCCAGCCCUAGGGUUCUUGGUGGAGAAGGACAGUCUAUUUUGUACAUGUGAGACGCCAUGCAACAUGACUCGAUAUGGUAAGGAGCUGUCCAUGGUAAAAAUUCCCAGCAAGGCUUCGGCCAAAUACCUGGCCAAAAAGUACAACAAAUCAGAAGAUUACAUAGGGGAGAACAUUCUUGUGCUUGAUAUAUUCUUUGAAGCCCUGAACUACGAAACAAUUGAACAGAAGAAAGCUUAUGAAGUGGCUGGCUUACUGGGUGACAUUGGAGGUCAAAUGGGAUUAUUCAUUGGUGCAAGUCUUCUGACAAUCCUGGAACUUUUUGACUACGUGUAUGAGGUGUUGAAACACAAACUCUGCGGUUUACUGAAAUAUGGGAAACAGCAGAAGAGGAACAACAACAACAAAGGAGUAACACUCAGCCUGGAUGACAUCAAACGCCAUAACCCUUGUGAGAAUCUAAGGAGCCACCCAGCGGGAAUGACGUACCCAGCGAACAUUCUACCUCACCACCCGCCCCGCAGCACCUUUGAAGACUUCACUUGCUGAUGGCGGAGCCUGACAAUUGGCGACACCCACAACAUCCACUUAUCUCACAGUUCAACGAGCAGAAAGGAGAUUGGACUGUCCACGGAGAUUGGGGCUGUCCAAUCCUGACCUACCAAAGUCAUUGAACAAACCUUCUGGAGACACAUUCAAAAGCAAAACGACAACCCGACUAUGCGCUUAAAACAAAAAGGCAGUAUUGGGGAUGACUGUUCCGUGGACUCCACUCACUAACUUUUCAAAAAAAAAAGAAAAAAAAAACAACUUUUUUCUCUCAUCUCGAGUCAUAUUCCAGUUUUGUAAAAGGGAUUUUUUAUUCACUCUUUAUCGUAAAUGCUUAUGUAGGCCGCUUGUAUUAUCUUGUGUGAUCAUGUUCUUAAGCUUAAUGAAAGCAUUUAGAUCCCAUUUCUCAUCUUGUGAAAUCAUUUGCUGCAGCAGCUCAUUCUACCGUGACAGCUUUUGUUCAUGAGUAGCCUUUCAUCCCUUCACCAAAUGGUCACUUCACACUAUAGUUCCCUUGCAGUUGGUGGAAGGCACCAAAGAGGGGAAGAGUGGUACAGGCUUGAUUGAUGGGUUUGUGCUGAAUUACUCAUUAGUCGCAUAACCAUACAGGUUCAGUCCAUUCCAACGCUGAGGGAGCAGCACCGCACAUGGUAAAUCAGUGGAUGAUGGCAACGAGUACCAUCAAUCCAGGUUGUAAAGACAGCUGGUACCUCAUCCGUUUUGUACUGCUGCCCAUUUGGUGCUGCAUCGUGUUCUUAUACCCUUUGAAGAAAAGAUGCAGAUUCCUGUCUUCAGUGAAUACUUUUGCUUCUGCAGUGCCCAGUGCGGUACCCCAUGUGCUCUCCCAGCCCAGUCUUCUUGACGUUGCCUAAGAAAGCAGAAUAAAGCUUGUUGAGAAGAAGCUGGCAAUAGAUGGAAGGUCAUAAAGAGGAGAAGGAUGGAAAUCCAAAGAGCUUCACUCUGUGUCUGACCCCCGAUGGCAUAUGACGGGAACGGGUAGAAGGAGCUUCACUCCAUGUCUGACCCUGACAGCAAUGGCCCACAGCAAAGACUGGGCAGACCUAUUGGCACUUGCAGGACGAGAAUGCUGACCUUGCGUUAGAAACAGAGGCACUGCGGCAAUGAUCAUGGGCUACAUUUCCAUCAAAUCACAGUGGGGAUAAAGCUCCCUCACUCUGGUUUGGGUUAGUUUGACACAUGCCCUCCAUGUAAACGUUACUAAAAGGAAAUAGAAGAAUUCAAAUAAAACACCCAACCCUCAUCCACUGCCAAAACAGAGAGUAGAGCCUGUGUUCUCAGAGAGACAAACACUGUAACACAAAACUCCAUAAAAGUGACAUUUUGCCCCCAAUGAAGGUUGGUGACCGCUGAGUGAGACAGGAUUUCAGUUUCUUGGACAAUUCCUGAGAUGCUCUCAAUGCUCUUGGAUUUGAACACCACGCUGCUGCCUGGUCUGCUGUUCUCGACUGCUACUUUUGCUAAGAAUCCUCAGUGAAGGUUGGAUACUGAUAGAGCAGGAUGCCACCAAAAAUUAUCAAGGAAAAUAGGUAUAGUGUAUAUUGUACAAAGUAGUGGAUUCUUAAGAGCCCCACAGAUCAUAGGAGAGAAUGGCAAUAGCAUCAAGGGUCAAGGAACUCAGAAUGUAGCCAGGAUACAGAUCAGCCAAAGCAAAUUAAAUAGGGAAGCAUGCAUGAGGAAACCUUCCUCUUCCUAACAUUUGCCAUAAGGUGGGAUUAUCUCCCAAGGCAGUCUCACUCCAGAGCAUGCUAAUAGAAGGUGCCAGUAACCUAAGGUGAUCCUUUCUCAUUGACUCCGAGUGCUGGACAGCCCAGUUCAUUCCUGCUUUUCAGUUGUUACAUGACGUCUGGAAUCGCUUAAACAGGGGACACCAUCCACCAGCUCAUGCCUGUGAUUGCCACCAUUCUGGGUUUCAGUUUGCCCACUCUGGGUGGAAUGAUGAUCAGGAACAGAGCAAUUCAGAUCCCUCCUUGGAGCAGCAGUUGAAUGUGGGGUCGGGAAUUGUGGAGGGAAAAAGAAAGAACUGAUCAUCAAACCUGACAUGGUUUGAUUUUAUCAAUCAAGAUACAUAGCUGGGCUACUGCACAACUAAGUGUUGAAUACAAUAUUAACCUCUAAACUUCAGAUCACUUUUGUGAUCCUAGGUGAGUAUGAAGGCUGAGGCUAUCUAUUUAGUGGCCUGCACACAGCCAAGGACAGUAGGAUUCCUAUAUGGUUUUAUGAACUUACUUGUGCCUCUCUUGCUCACAGCAAGCCUUCAAAACCUCAUCUCUGGUUGUAGCACCUUGAUUGCACCUGGACUUGUGGCAAACUCCAUACUUCCUAUUUAUCAAAAAGUAAAAGCGCAUCAUUUGACAGCAAAUUUAUCCCUGUUCCCUCCUAGGCAAUUAUUCCUCAUCUCUAGAUGCCCAGCUUCUAGUAACUGUCCAAAGCAGCAUGAUGGAAUUCAGGAGCUCAGUGUCCUGGUCCAGCAUUGAUCUGGAAUUGGGCCAUUGACCAGUUUUUAGUCAGUCAUUGAGUUGGAAAGUGAUUAGCACAUUCCCAUCCAAAUCUGAACUCCAAGACAGGAGACAACACUCUCUUCGGACUUUAGUGUGUGGUGACCAUUGCUGUAAGCAACACAAAACAUAAUUGAUUUCAGCAUGGAUUAUCAUAGUAAAAUCUUGGUUAACCACCACAAAAGGUUCUCCACUAUUGUAUUAUACUCUUACAAACCUGUCAUGCAAGACAAACCAUCUGAUGUUUGAAGACUCUCAGCAGAGUAAUCUGUGUGCUUGAAUUUAUCUUAAGAAAACUUCAAUCUCCACUUUGGAGUGGAGGUGAAUUGGUGAUUAAUGUCAACAAAGGACUAACAAUCUAAUUCAAACUGCAAAGGUAAUCAUUUGAAACUAGCCUGACAUUAAGUAAUGUGAAGCUCUGUACUAAAUAUUAUGUUCAUUGGCAUUUUAAAUGACUGUCAGAGUCAUGGGAGUGUAAAUUAUUUCAUUCCAGUGACUGGAACCAAUGGCCUCCUAUUUCUCAGAAGACGUGUCAUGGUUAGCUGGCAGCUAAGAGUCUGUAGAGCAAGGGGAUUCUUCAUGCACUGACGAUCAGCCAGGAUACCUGUGACAAGCAAUUGGAGCACUGUGACCUAAAACAGAAACAAAGCCAGCAGCACUGUUGGUGUCGGCCAUGACCAGAUUUAUAUAGACUUGGGACAUUAUAAAAGUGAGCACAGACAUCUCUUGCUAACGUGUCUUUCUCUACACUGGAAAUAGUUAGCCAAGGGCAGAGGAAUAAGAAGGAUUUUGAAAUCUCCCAUUAAUCUGGGAUUGGUGCCACAUUGAAAACAUUGGUGCAUUUUAAAGUAGUUUUGGAUUUGGGAAGUGCAGUACCUGGGCCUCUCAGAUUCAUGCUUCAAUUCACUCGCUGAAAAUAGUCUUGGGUGGUUUUCCUGGCCCAUUGUGAAGGGAGAGAUGACCUUGGUGCUGUUUUUGCUGAGAUUACAGAAUAAAGCAGCUUUAACAAUGCAUCUGUUGUAAACCAGUGUUGAUAGCCAUUAAAUAGUCAAACUCACUUAGGGAGAAUUAGGUGAGUAGAUAUGGUGAAGAAUGGAGAUGUUACAUUGCUUCUCAGCUGAGAUGACACAUAAUGACCGUGAGAGCAUCAAAUAUUUAUAAUAACUGCUGAUUCUAAUGGAUUUCAAAAGGCUGACUGCUGAUAAUGGGUGUGAAAAAAUUGGUAACCUUUACUACUGUUAACAUUAAUCAGCAAAAGAAGAAGCAACAGCCAAUCUUUGCCUUGAAAGAAAAUAUUUGUCUAAUUCCCCCCCCCCCUUUUAAGGUAAGAAUUUUUUUAGGUGAAUUAACAAAAGCGACACUUAGACCAGCCCAGUGGUAAAUUUCUAAUUCCCUGAUUGCAAAGUAACUAUUGGAACCAGCGCCUUAACCAUCCUCAGUGCUGAUGCUUCUUUUAUUUUGAGUGCAAAUUGCUACUGGUUUCCUCAAUCAGGUAGACCACUUGAUCUCUUGCUUUUAAGAAGCAUUUUGCCUCAUGCAAGGAGAAGUAUGAAAAUCUUCUGUCAGCAUUGGCAGAUACCACUCAAUCCACAUAUGGAGAGAAAAAGAAGUUCCAAGGCAAAUCUCUUUCCACCCUUUUUCCAGGACCCUGUUAACCAACAGAGAACCCCCAACCUCCCUCCUGCAAUAACAACUUCCAACUUACAUUUACUUAGCCAAUGGUCCCAGAGCCUUCACACUGCCUGCAGUUCUCCAGUCUUCAAGUGACAAUCCACAAGAAAGCUCUGACAGUCAUUUAAAUGUUUUUUUUGUUAAAUGUAAGAUAAAGGAGUGAUACCUAGGGAGCAAAUUGAAACCAAGCCAAUACCGUCAAGCCUGUGCAAUUCCUGUUAUGCAUCAGUCCCGCCAAAUAACAUCAGAUACAAUACAUUGACUUGCAUCUUAUUCACUUAGCUUAAUGUGUUAUGUAUAGAAACCAUUAGACGCUCGUAAUAUUACAAAGCUAUUGUGCCAUUCCUUGUUACUGACUUCAGACUGCCUUUACUUGUAUGAGGAACAAAACAAAACAUUUAGCCUUUAACAUGGAAUCUAUAUGUACUAUGUACAAAUUUUAUUCAGAUAAAGCACAAGGGUACAGAAUGGUAGAGUACGAUGGGUGAUUCACUAUUUUAUCAUUGGAAAACAUGAGAGCUGCAAUGAAUAGUUUCUGUAGCUGAAGCACCGUUGUCUCUUCCUGACUUUUGAUUGGCAGACUGUAGUAUUUUACUGUUCUGGAAGGUUGGUCUUGAUUCGGAAUUCACACACACACACACACUAAAUGUCCAAAUUGUCCAAAGAGAAAAGACAAGGGGAUUUUUAUGGUAAUCUUAGAAUGCUAGGUGAAGACUCAGCUCAAGAAACCUCAUCACUGGUCUUCAGAUCUUCAUUCUGUUGCUUCGUCUAACCUCAAGACAAUGGCUGUUCAGUGAGGCAAAAGUUGCCCCAUUGGAACAAAGCAUUUCAUCAGUGACAUUGGCAGCUAGUCAUGGUGGGCCUGCUGGAGUGAAAGGGUGGCCUCAUAAAGGAUUGGGAUAUCUCGAGUAGUUAGGGUCAGUUUUGGGUACACAUGCAGUCAAAGAGUUUGGAGCUUUCAAAUCACAGAGAUCAUGGCUUCUUGUGAGAAAACCAAUUUCAAGUAUAUUGUACCUGCCAUCAAUAAAGAUGCCCUUCUUUACAUAUAUGAUA